AUGUCGCAGGCCUCCGAGGUCCGGACGAUCGCGACUAUCAAGAACACGUUCGUGGAGUUCGUCGACGAGGACGACUCUCCCGCUGCAGGCGGCGCCAUGGUCCGGGCCAGCUCCUGCCCCUGCAUCCGUGCCCACUGCGCCGCCCUCGAUGACGACGGCGCCUACAGCGAGGAUGACUCUUCCGCGUGCCCGCGGCUCAGCAGCCUGGGCAGCUGGGCCGACGCGACCGACGACGCGAUCGAGGCGGAGGAGGAGGACGGGUCCAGCUGCUGCGCCUCCGCUGACCUCAUGCCGUGGUCCCGCUCCGUCUCGCCCGGUGAGGGGGCGACGGAGGAGAAGCCAUUGGGGACAGGGCCCGCUCUCGCGCAGGCGCUUGCCGGCGGCCGCACGCCUCUCAGCAGCAAGGCCUCCGCGUUCUCGGCGUUCGUCCCCACGCCUCUCAGCAGCAGGGCCUCGGCGUUCGUUCCAGGUCUGGGCGUAUGCGAGCAGCCGGGCUGCUCUUCAGUGCAGGCCUCGGCUCUGGGCAGCACGCACGCCCCGAUCGAUCUUAGGGCCACCACAGUGCUCAUGCGCAACCUGCCGCCCGACUUAACGCGCGCCGCCCUGAUCAAGGAGAUGAAGAGAAAGGGAUUUGCGGGGCGCUACGGCGUCGUGCACCUGCCCCUCGAGGGCCGCUCCAACAGGAGCCUGGGCUACGCGUACGUGAACCUGGUCACCCUCUGGAGAAACGGCUCUUCACCGACGCCUUCCACGGCUUCAAGGACUGGCCCGUCCCGUGGUCCAAGAGCUGCUCCAUUGCCGGGAGCCAGGCGCAGGGCGCCUCCGAGGCGGCGCCUGGCAGCUCGACGAAGAAGAAGAAGAAGGCCCUCCUCGCGGGCUCCACCGGCGAGUGGCCCAAGGGCAGGCGCAGGCGGUAGGGAGGCAUCGUGUGCUGGCUUCGACCGAGGACCGAGGAGGACCCGCGAGGAGGAUCGAGUGAGCUUUUGGAGGUCCGCUUGGAGUUAUUGCGUCGGCGCUUAA